AUGAAGAACUUAAGGAGUGUGUCUAACCUUAUUCGCCUUAGCAACUGAGAGUCUGCUCUAUGAUCAUUAGGCACCAUGGGAAAGCGAGAUAACCGAGUAGCCUAUAUGAAUCCUAUAGCAAUGGCCAGAUGGAGGGGCCCAUCUCAACCUGCAGGCCCAACAAUACAAGAUUAUCUGAAUCGACCAAGGCCCACCUGGGAAGAAGUGAAGAAAAAAAUAGAAAGUAAAAAGAAAGGCUCCAAAGCACUGGCAGAAUUUGAAGAAAAAAUGAAUGAGAAUUGGAAGAAAGAAUUAGAGCAAACCAGGGAGAAAGCAUUAAGUGGAAAUGAGGGUUCAUCUAGAAAAAGAGAAAGAAAAAAAAAGAAAAAGAAGAAAUCUUGUCAGUCUGCAUCUUCUUCAUCAAGUUCUGAUUCUUCGAGCAGUUCUUCAGAUUAUAAGGUUGAGAAAAAGAAACGAGGGAAAAAGAGAAAGAAAAAGAAGCAUUCAUACAAAUCGUCAGAAGGCUCUACAUAUGAAUCUGAAUCAGAAAGCAAGGAAUCUGAAAAAAAGAAAAAGAAGUCAACGGAUGAAACAGCGAAAGAAAAGUAUAUUAGAAAUGUCAGCAAAAAGAGAAAGAAGGCUCACCCUGAGGACAAACCUCUAUCAUCAGAGUCCUCUUCAGAAUCAGAUUAUGAAGAGGAGGUCCAAGCAAAGAAGAAGAGAAGACAUGAAGAACAAGAACAAAGAAUGGAAAAAGCAAAAAAGAAGAAAAAGAAACAUAACAAGAAACAUAGUAAGAAGAAGAAAAAGAAGUCGAGUUAAGUCAAAGUCAGGAUAACAUCAAGAUAAAAUAAAGCAAGAUUUCUCUAUUUAAAAAACAAGGCCUAAAAAGAAUCCAACUGUGAAUGUUAGGGCCCCUUUACCAAAAUGCUUGAGUUUCCCUGUGUUAAUAGAAUUAUUC